UUUAUAUGGCCGUGAUGCAUAUCUGCAACAUACCGUUUGAAUUCAACUAUUUCAUAGUGUUUAUAAAGAAAGUGACAUGUGUUAGUGUGAUGUCAUAAUGCAACAAGGCUUUUUUUAUUAGUAUGACCUGAUCCCACUCUACCAUGAGUUUUGACAACAUAAGUUUACUUUUCCCGCCAAUUUUGUGAAACAAGCACGAAUAAUGUCAGAAAAAGGAUUAACGCCUUCGCAAAUAGAAAGUUUUUUUAAUAGCGUGGAUAGCGAGGAUGAUCUCGACUUUUCUGCUGAUGACGAAAGCGAUUACUAUCCCAAUAAAGAAGAUUUUGAGACCUCAGAUGACGAAGUUUUGGAAAAUCAAGUUGAACUCCCUACCGACUUGAAUGUUCCAAGCAAGGAUGUCAACGAUGUUGCGACUUCUAGCAAAAAGGACCUAAGAAGGAAUUUGCUAUGGAGACAACGCAGUUUGAUUUUGAAUGAGAACCAACUUCAGCUGCUCACGAGCACUGCGUUACCUCCGGAACUAAUGGAGCUGUCCCAGCCUAUUCAAUUUUUUUCGUAUCUAUUUCCUAAAAAAGUUUUUGAGAAUAUUUCGAAUGAAACUAACCUUUACAUUCAUCAAAAAGAGCCAAACGCAAAUAUUACUUUUACUCCUUUGGAUAUUCAACAGUUUGUUGGAAUUGUGUUGUAUAUGUCCAUUUCGAACUACGCUGGAAUAGUUCCCACAGACACUGCCCGCCGAUUCAACAAGGCCAAAAAGGAAUAUAUACAAAUUGACCGUCCUUUCGCUGUAGCACAAUACAACAGUUAUAUGGGAGGCGUUGAUCUGAUCGACAGUAUAAUCGGAAGAUAUAAAAUUUUAUUGAGAAGCAAACGUUGGCAAGUCAGAAUCUUUUAUCAUUUACUGGACCUUACAAUCAGCAACGCUUGGUUGUUGUAUAAACGUGUUAGGAAGGCAAAUGGAUAUCCUGGAAAAGUUUUAAGUUCAUCAGACUUUCGGCUUGAUAUCGCAGAAGUGCUAACAAAAGUUAACACUAAAUCAAAAUUGGGUAAACGAAGUUCCGUCAUUGAAAAUGAAUUGCAGCUAAAGAAGCAGAGAGGUCCAACUCAGCAUGUACCAAACCAAAUGGUACGACAGGAUCAGGUUGGACAUUGGCCAAUUUGGGCAGACAAAAGAAUAAGAUGCAAGUUUCCAAACUGUGCAGGAUAUUCUCAAGUCAUGUGCAACAAAUGUGGAGUAGCUUUAUGCUUCAAUAAAAGAAAUAAUUGUUUCACCAAUUUUCACUUAAAUUAAACAGUAAUUUAAGCGCCUUAUAGCAAAUAUUAUAAUAAAAUUUACGUUUUAUCUAUGUAAACUGAGCACUGAAACUAUUAAAUAUAUUAUGAAUUCAAAUAUUUUGUUUAAUGCACUAAAAACAUUACAAAUAUAUUCAUUUAUGUUAAAUAAAUUUUUGGAUUAUAUUAAGUUUAAUUUUGAACCCAAGCAUAUUUGAUGUAUUUAUGCAACAUAUCCUUUAUCCUUAAUAAAAGUGUAAAAAAUCAAAAAUCGGG